UCCAUGGUGGCUUUCCGCUGACGUCACCAGUCUGGAACGCCGCGCCGCCGACUCACUGGGCACGCUAGAGUCUCCUCGCUACGGGACAAGGCCCAUUGGAACCCGGACAUCCAAGUCCUUGACGAAUGUAGAGAGUUCCCAUUUUAUUUUGUUGUUGUUGCUGACUAGCCUUUACGAGGCAACUGUGCACUUACAUCAACAGUGCUCCAUGAACGCCCCGGAUCCCCAUUAGUUACAGUACGACGCCGGUGACCGGUAGGGGCGCUGCAGUCGCCCAGCGGCCCGAGGUCGGCGCUAACCGGUACCAUGACUCAGCGGCGCCCCGCCCCGGGGUUAUUACAUACUGCGCAGUUGCAGCGGUCCAGACCGGGACAAGGGCGACGGAGGAGCGGGAGCUGCACUGCGUCCACCGGCCGGGUCAGUGGACAGAGCGGGUGGUCCAACAGUGUGUGGACGGUACUGAGCUCUGUCCACCGGAGCCGACCACGGCGGAGGCGGCGAAUAUCAGAUGGAGAUGACAGAUGUGAGUGAAGACCUGGCCGCCCUUCGCCGGGAGGUGUCCGCCCUUCGUGAAGUGGUGUCCGCCCUUCGUGAAGAGAUGUCCGCCCUUCGUGGAGUGGUGGCCCCCCUUCGUGAAAAAGUGACCAUUCUAAACGAGGUGGUGGCAAAAGACAAUAAGGAGACAAAGAAGCUCAAGGGGGAGUACGUCGCACUUCACGAUGCGAUGGUCCGCCUGGAGCAGGCAGUGGUCGAAGAGCGGACCACUCGCCAGACCGUGGUGGAGGAUCUGCGGCAGGAGGUCCGCCGGCGAGCGGCGCCAUCCGGCCGUCCCCAGGGUAAAAUUACAAAAGCGUUUCAUGACGUCACGGUACAGACGGAGCCGCAGCCACCGGCAGACAGCGAUACCACAGUGCUGAGAGAGGCGCUAAGGACCGUGACGACGUUCGACGCUCCGUCAGCCCUUGGCGAGGACCAGCUGACGGCGCUCCUGCAGAGUCUUCCCCGCUUGGAGGAGCUGACCGUCAGGGUGCCGUCCUUCGGAACGGGGCGGUGGCUGCGGCUGCUGCCGACGUCACUGAGGACGCUAUACGUUGCCGGGCCGGAGGUGACGAAGCCGAGGUGGCCGGGAUGGUACGGGAAUGGUCUGUCGGUAUCUCUCCAGGGGGUGGCUGCCGAUACCAUCAGUCACCUGGCCACGGAGCUGGGGUCUCGGAUUACGCUACUUGUCACGGAUGCACAAAUUACUACUAUCCCAAGUCAACUUCGUGGUGCCAUCAUCAGGGUGGAGCCAGACACUGUCAUCCUUCCGGCCGGAGUCGGUGACAGCGAGCUGACGGAGCUGCGGAGCUCACGGGAGACUGUGAAACGCCUGUCAGUUUCUGCCGCCGACCUCCCGCGACUGAGGGAGCAGCUGCCGGAGGGCCUCAGGCGCCUCAAUAUCAGAGUGCCGAAGGUGACGGAGCCGAGGUGGCCGGAAUGGUACGAGGAUGAUGGUCUGUCAGUGUCGCUCCAGGGGGUGGCUGCCGACACCAUCAGUCACCUGGCUGACCUGGGACGGACGGUCAAACGGCUGGAGAUAUACGACUGUCCUGAUCUCACGGCCGUGAGCCUGGAACCCCUCACCAGGUGCCCUGAGCUGCGAUACCUAUCAGUCACCGCCGCCGACCUCCCGCGACUGAGGGGGCAGCUGCCGGAGGGCCUCAGACUCCUCAAUGUCAGAGGGCCGGAUGUGACGAAGCCGAGGUGGCCGGGACGGUGCGGGUAUGGUCUGUCAGUAUCUCUCCAGGGGGUGACUGCCGACACCAUCAGUCACCUGGCUGACCUGGGACGGACGGUCAAAGUACUGGAGUUAUACGGCUGUUCUGAUCUCACGGCCGGUAGUUUGGAGGCCCUCACCAGGUGCCCUAAGCUGGGGGAACUCACCCUGUCCGGCGGCGUCCCUAACACCGUGAGCCUGGAGCCCCUCACCAGGUGCCCUGAGCUGCGGCGUCUCACCCUGUCCGCCGGCGUCCCUGACACCGUGAGCCUGGAGCCCCUCACCAGGUGCACUAAGCUGCGGUAUCUCACCCUGUCCGGCGGCGUCCCUGUGAGCCUGGAGCCCCUCACCAGGUGCCCUGAGCUGCGGGCUCUCACCCUGUCCGGCGGCGUCCCUGACUCCGUGAGCCUGGAGCCCCUCACCAGGUGCCCUGGGCUGUUCAGUCUCACCCUGUCCGGCGGCGUCCCUGACGCCGUGAGUCUGGAGCCCCUCACCAGGUGCCCUGAGCUGCGGGUUCUCACCCUGUCCGGCGGCGUCCCUGACGCCGUGCUGGACAGUCUCAGCGGCUGGCCCGGGCUGAAGUACCUUACACUGGGGGACCUCCAGCGGCCGGCAGAGACGGCCUUCACAGCAGCAGGGGUCACCAGACUGGUGAAGUCGUGUCGGAAGCUGGAGGAUCUGUCCCUUCACUGCACGGCAGACACCGGCCGGGCCGUGCUGACCGCCCUGAAGAAGGCGGACCUGGGCCGGGACAGUAAUGGCCGGCCCCGUACCAUCAAGCUCAAUGUCCCCGAGGAGCUGUUCCGUCAGCUGUGGAGCCAGGAAGGCGAUAGGGUCAAAGUGCUGAAGUGGAGGAUUGAUGCGCUGCACUACCGACCGUGCACUGUGCAGUGAUGAGUUGACUGCAGAGAGGCCGAGCCAGUCGGCCGGGGCCGCCAGCUGACUGCUGCCGUGUGUGCUGCACCAGCCGGCACUGAGAGCGGCGCCGGUCAGCCGGCACACG